AUGACAAACAGGCGAGCAGACACACAGCGAUCAUGAGCUGCCCGAUUCAUCCGACAUCCCCAAAACUUUCAAUGUGUUUUGCCAUCAUUUGACGGAUACGCGCCAGACUACAGUCUCAUAUGGACGCCAAGUCCGUGUUCUCCUGUUUUCGCAGACUAGAGGAGGAAACCUGCGAUGUGUUGGUGGUGAUCGCACACUCAAUCACAGCGCCAUCACACUGAAGCAGGAGAUCCGCACCACUCCACGCGUGUGGAUAUGUCUACGGGGGAACUUUUCAUAGCCUGAUUUUCAUCCUCCCAUUAGUUUAUAGCACCAUAAAGCCUCGCCCUAUUUCCCCCAUGAAAAAUACUCUCUGGAGCGGCGUGAUGAUGUCGAGCAAAAGCGCGGAAUGGCUGCAGGAUGAACUGGAGUCCGGCGGGGGCUCGCUGCUGCUGCUCGACUGCAGGUCGCACGAAGUCUUCGAGUCCUCGCACAUAGAGUCCGCCAUCAACCUGGCUAUCCCGGGACUUAUGCUGCGGAGAUUAAAGAAGGGCAAUUUGCCCAUCCGAUCCAUCAUUCCCAAUAACGAGGACAAGGAGAAGUUCGUGAAGCGUUGUAAAACGGACACGGUGGUGCUGUAUGACGAGGCGACCACCGAUUGGCAAGAGAGCGGAGCCGCGGGCUCUGUGCUCGGACUUCUCAUGCAGAAACUGCGGGAUGAUGGAUGUAAAGCGUAUUAUUUGGAAGGGGGAUUUAACAAAUUUCAAACUGAAUACCCAGAGCACUGCGAGACUAACUUGGACUGCUCUUGUCCGAGCAGCUCUCCACCCUCAUCUGUUCUGGGCCUUGGGGGACUACGGAUCAGUUCAGAUUGUUCUGAUGGUGAAUCAGACCGGGAACCAGGCAGUGCCACAGAGUCAGAGGGCAGCCCCUUGCCCAAUAACCAACCAGCGUUCCCAGUCCAAAUUUUACCCUAUCUUUACUUGGGCUGUGCCAAAGACUCCACCAACUUGGAUGUUCUGGGCAAGUACAACAUCAAGUACAUCCUGAAUGUAACUCCCAACCUGCCUAACAUGUUUGAACACGAUGGGGAAUUCAAGUACAAGCAAAUUCCCAUCUCUGAUCACUGGAGCCAAAACCUUUCUCAGUUUUUUCCGGAAGCAAUUUCUUUUAUUGAUGAAGCUCGUUCCAAAAAGUGUGGCAUCUUGGUGCACUGCCUAGCGGGCAUCAGUCGCUCGGUCACCGUCACAGUGGCGUACCUGAUGCAGAAGCUCAACCUGUCACUCAAUGACGCCUACGACUUUGUCAAGCGCAAGAAGUCCAACAUCUCGCCCAACUUCAACUUCAUGGGGCAACUUUUAGACUUCGAAAGGACACUAGGACUCAACAGCCCCUGCGACAACCGCUCGGCCAACGACCGGCUCUUCUUCACCACGCCAACUAAUCACAAUAUGUUCCAGUUGGAUUCGCUGGAGUCCACAUGAAGGCCAGCAAAGGAAGCUGGGUGGGAGCAGCCUCCCCUUGAAUGUUUAUCUCCCAUCUCCAGAGGAGUUUUUGACCUGGAGGACCAGGCCAGCAGCAAUGUCGAAGGGUGGGAUGGAGGGUGGUUAAGCACAUGGGUUCGCUUUUCAGAAGGGUACUGCUCUUAAAGGUGUACCCUUUGAAACCCCUGCAGCUGUUCUGGUGGAUUUUAAUGCAGCUUUUCUUGCCUUUAUGGAACAGACUGUUUCUUUUUUUGUCUCGGUUUGAUAAAAGAGAAGAAACGAAAGACUUUUGCACAGUGCUUCAUACAAAGAGAAGGAAGCAGAACUGCUGUGCUUCAAGUUGCUGUCUUGCUGCAACAAUGCCCUUAACCUCUUGUCUUGAGGGGUGCCAAUGAUCUGAGAUUUUGUUUUGGGGUUUUUUAAUUGGAGGGAAUCUCAUUCUGUGGAAUGUAGGGUUGGAUUUUUUAUUUUCUCAAAACAAAGACUAAAACACCAUCAAAGAGGUGCACAAUACAUUCAAUACAUGCAGUUUGUCUGUUUGUAUAUCUUUGCAUUUCCUCACAAAAUUUGCAACAAACCUGUACAUGCAUCGAAACGUUGUCCAAAGAAGUUGUGGUAUGUUGUAACAGAACCGAAUUUGAGGUCGUUACCAACAAAAACAAACAUUGUGCCCCCCUCCCCCUUUCAUAGGAACCUUUUUUUCUACAUUUGCAAUGACCUAAUGCAUUUUGCACAGUGGUGAAGCCUUUCACUUCUUGGCACUUAAAACCGGUACUCCAAUACACAUAAAGAGACUUUCAAAGGCCAGUUCUAGGCUGCGACGAGGCCUUGCAGCUGCAUGGGGCGGUCGGGCAGCGCUGGCGAGGGACGACGCACUUACUCAAAGCUCAUUGUUCCUUAACUUCAAAUGACAGAUUGAUGUUUCUGUCCUAGCUACGAGUCCCAACAUUCUUUAAUGAAAGUGUUUGUUAGGGUUCGUCCCCUUCUGGCCUUGGUGAUUCUGAUUACAGUAUGAAUAUAUUUGUAUUAAUUUCUAAAUAAGAGUAUAUCUAUUCAUUUAGUAUGUAUUUGGCCAUGUGUUCCUCUCGAGUUGUGGAACGUUGUCGGUUAGAAGAGCAUUGAAUGUUGAGAAUAGUUUUUUUUUUUACUACUAUUGCUGCUCCUGUGUGUGUGGCGAUCAGGGCAGUAAGCAGUGUGUAGCGAUGGCGUUUCUGACCACAGAAACAAACGAUUGGACCUAAGUGGACAAAUGCUGAGUUAACAGGGUUGCUUUAAGCUGGCCUUAUAUAACCUUUUUAAUUCUUUCAUACUCUGACUGUUCAAUACUAUUUGUAUCUCACUUUAGAAAUCAUUGUAUUAAAUAAACCUUUGUUCAUUUUUUACAGUAAUCAAUAUGUAGUAAUAAUAGAUGACUAAUGGUCUUUAACGGGUCAGUCAAGGUUGUAUUUGUUACUCUGCAAUAUACUCAACCACCCUUUGCAGUAUUUUCUAGAAAAUGGCCUCUGGUUUUUGAUUCCUCUACUUUUUGUACUAGAAUUCCACAGAAAUAUAGCUUCAUUUUCUUUGAAACUGAGGUAGCUUUUCACCUGAGGUGUCCAAAGUACAGGGCUUGGCCUCGCAUUGUAUGUAGGCUACUGGGUGAAUUCAUUAGGAUAUGUGGCAUUUUGACCAAUCUGUACACUCACUUUUCAUCUGAUUUAAUUUAGCCCUUGGAAUUUCAUAAUGUGCUAUAUGCAGACUCCUGUGGCCUUUUAGUGUAUUUUAAUAUAUUUGUGCCGAUAGGCAACCAUCAUCUCUUUAAUAUAUCAUCGUGGAUGUCUAUUUCAAAUGCUUAAAACCACUUAUUAGGGUCAUCACCCAUUAAUAAAAAUAACACAAAAUCUCUUAAACCCAACUCUUACACCCUAUGACUGAAAUGUACUUCAUUUUAGUAAUGUAAAUCAUGAUUUCAAGCUGCUUCUUGUGGAGGAAUGUUUGUAUCUGUAACAAUGGAAAAGAGAAAUCUUUAAUGUUUUCUCUGUAUGUUGCCAGAACACAGAAACAAGGUUUUCUGUGGAUAUUUCUUGUAGCUACGUAACAGUAAGAGAUGGUGAUGCAGUUAUAAGUGUAAGAAUGAAAGAUAGAGGACAGAGAUGAGUGAAUAAGGAAAUGUAUAUCUUACCUCACUGAGGAAUUUUUCAGGGAUUUUUAUUUGACAAUGUGUCGGCAUCGUGUUACAGCUUCAAAUGUCAAGAGCUGUUUUAUAUGUGCUGUAUAAAUUUUUUUAAAAGAUACAAUCUAUAUGUGUAUAAUACUGGGCUUGGUGACUGGGCAGUUAAAUUUUCUGGUUUAUGAAGGAAUACAAUUGUCCCUAUGUAUUGUAUGAAAACCAAUACAAUAAUUGUUUGUACUGCAAAUAAAUAUUGAAUUAUUUUUUUGGUUA